UUUUAGCGUCGCUCUCCAGGAGCUGCGAGCUUGAAAGUGUGAGCGGAUCCGCCUCUUUGAUCCCAAGCAGCGUCCGGAGAAGAAAACGUGCUGGAAUUAGACUAGACAGACCGCCGUGUGUUUCCGAUGGACCGGUCAGUGCGCGCUGGCACAGGAGGGAAGUGAACACCUCCUUUGAAGGGGCUGAGCAGCUUUGAAACUAUUUUUUGGGGGGGAGGAAAAACUGUAAGAAUGACAGCUGCCUUGGAUAUCAGUCGUGAAUGUAAACUUCAGUUUCAGAUACAGCUGUGAAAGUGAUCGCGUUCUCCUGAUUCCACUUUGCAGACCGCGCCAAUGCUGGAAUGGCUCGUGGCUUUCUGUGUUGUGAUCCUGGUGCUUUUCAUAUGGCCAGGCACCAAGUAUCUGUUUGGUCCCAACGCCUUCCCUCAGAGGCUGGGCGUUUCGCAGCUGGCAGCCGGCAGCGACGGUGCCCGCUUGGUGUGCGCGGAGGGAGCUGACGGCGCCGCGGGGGAAACACGCACCGUGUCGCUCAUAUGCAAGCCGUCCGCGCUGGCCAAGUACCUCCAGAAGCACUGCAGGACUUUCAGCUGCUACUCUCCGUGCAGCGGAUGGACGUGGAGAGCCAGCGCCUUUCUGCAGAGCGCGUACGAGGCGUGCUGGCCGUGCGACAGCUCGGUUCAGUUCGUGCGGGACAACCUGCAGCUCAGCGAUGACGGGCUGGUAUCGCUGGACUGGGCUGUGCCGCCCUACCACAGGAGACGCAGGACUUCCAGUCACUCCACCAGCCCAGUUUUGCUCAUCAUCCCCAACUCCUUCGGCAAGAUCACAAGGAAUGUGGUGAAGCUGUGUGAAUCGGCUCUGUCCCACGGCUACCUCCCUGCGGUCUUCAACCGCCGCAGCCACAACAGCACUCCGCUCACCACCCUCAAACUGCAGCAGUUCGGCGACCCUUCGGAUCUGCGAGAAGCUGUGCGCUACAUUCGCUAUCGACAGCCCGCCGGAAGACUGUACGCAGUGAGCGAGAGCUCAGGGUCGGGCCUCCUCCUGUCCUACCUGGGGGAGUGUGGGUCCUCCAGUUAUGUGACAGCAGCGGUCUGCCUGUCACCUGUGUUUCGCUGCCAGAGCUGGUUUGAGAGUGGGCUGUGUUGGCCCUUGCAGUGGGUGCUGGCACUGUAUCAGAAGAUAUGUCUCAGCAGGUACAGGACGGCGCUGGGGGACAUCAUCCACACGGACACUCUUUUUUCUAGCUGUUCCCUGCGUGGGGUGGAGGAAGCCCUCUUCUGUCAGUCUAGAUGCGUAGGCUCCACAUCUGGGACCAGCAGUGGUUACAGCGCGUCAGGAGCCUGGGAUGCUUACUGGGAACGCAACGAGCCCUUAAGAGACGUGGAUGAGGUGGCUAUUCCUGUUCUGAGUGUGUGCUCUAAAGACGACCCUGUGCGAGGAGACGCCCAGUCCUCCCUGCCCCUGGAGCUCUUUGAGACAAACCCUCACUUUUUCCUCCUUCUGACAGACCAUGGAGGUCACUGUGGCUUCUCCACCCAGUUGGAUAGAAGUGCGGGAAGCGCAGCAGGCUCUGUGAUCGCUACAACUGCAGUGGACAACCAUGGCACCAACUGGAGUCACAAAGUCAUGCUGGAAUUCUUCCGAGCGACCACAGACUUCUUCAAUGCAGAGGAGCGAGCGAAGCAGUUUGCUGCGAGGAGAAGAGGGCGGGGAGGGGCUGCAGGAGGGUGGGCCUUUCGUUACCGCAGCGUCAGUACUUGUAAACGAGUGCCAGCGUGUUCCCAUAAUAUUCAUGCAAUUUAUAACUGGCAAAGAUCGUAUACUCGAUGAGGCAGAGGCAAUUUUUUGAGUUUCAUUCUGUGUGUUUGUGCUCAGACUUGUAUAAAAGUUGAUGAAAGCUGCAAAAUGUCUCCAAGGCUGAGUUACUUUUUUCUCUAAAUCAGCUCUUUAUGUUUUUUGUUUUUUAAAAAAAAUCAAGUCCCCUAUUGCUUGAGUCAUCGCAGUGUAAAGUAUUGCAUCAUCAUUGUUGUAUAGUUUGGUGUCAAUGCAUAUUAUACACAAAACCUUAAACAAUUUAGAGAGCUGCAAGUCAAAAGCUCCUCAGGAUGUCUGGUAGAUGCACUCAUACCUGAACGAUGCUUAUCUGGGAAGGUUGGGGAAAUCAGUACCAGAUCAAAACAGAGUUCUGAUAAUUGCAUGCUUUUGUCAUAUUCAACAGCUGAAAUUCUUAAACUUUUGCAUUUUUUCUAUGUGUUAAUAAAAAGUUCUAUUUAAUGUCAUAUUAAUAUUUUUCACUAAAGUGAUUAUUCAUAUUCAUGUGUUCAUGUAGCAUGGCACAUUUUUGUCAGGUUUUCCUAUUUUGAGUGCAGAUGUUGCAGUUUUUUAUUUCAUGUAGAAUAUAUUAAUUGAGUUAUGCCUUUGCUUGGGAAAGAAAGUAAACUAAGUAGAAUUUCAAAAGAAGUAAUAAUGAAUCAUAUUUCUAUUACUAUGUACAUUGAAGAUAUAUUAUUUGUGUGUCAUUUUCAGGGAAAUGUCAUGUGAACAGAGAAACAGUUUCUUUUUAUUUCCAUUCUCAUCAUUUAAUCGUCCAUCAGUCAAAUUCUUCAAAGCCAACUAAUAUAAAUAUUGUUUUUUACCCUUAAACUUUAUUUGUGUAAUUUCAAAAAAGAUCACAUUUAUUCAUGUCAAAGAUCAAAUAUUUGAACUCGAAAUCUUCAUUAUGACUAUCAAGACCUGGUGUUUAAGCUGUCAGACUAGAUAGUAAAGCUACCAUACAGGAGUAAAUCUGGCUUGUAGGCUACAGAAAGGACAACAAAAACAAAGGAGAAGGAUACUGCUGUGAAAGCCAGGAAUGCUUUGUACUUAUUGACAUUAAGCCACAUAAUUGAUGGCCGAAAUUAUACGCAGUUUCCUUUCAAUAAACAAUUGCUUUCAUUAGCUUCCAGAAAAUUAACCUAUUGAGGCAGAAUUGCCCUUUCUCAUGUCACUUAUUCAAUUGCGAGCCAAUUCCAGUCUGCCUCAGUGAGCAGACGCUGAUUUAAUUAAAAUGACUGAUACUUAGUUAACAAAGAACCACGGCUUCAAUAGCAAAAACAAAAUUGCUAAACUGAGAAAAAUGCAUAAAAAAAUCACACUAUUUGUAUCUGAAAGACAGAAAAAGGAAGAAACAAUAAUGCGGCUUCUAUUGCUUGUUUCCAUCAUGUGUCCUUUUUUUUACAGCACAAAAACACUUGGCCAACUUUUUUUGUUGUUGUUGUUUUUGAUAUUAUGAAUCACUGCUGAAAGGUAGCAAAAUACAAAAGCAGCAGGAGUUAUGCAUGAUAAACUCUUAGGAACAGGAGUGGAUAGGUAGUAGCUCCGAGUCUGAAAAGUGAUGGCAUUUUUUACUUUAAACAAAAAUGCAGCCUGUUUUAAUGACGUUUUAUAUUUUACUCACCACAAUGCUGUUGAGGAAAAUGGAAAUGGAGUGCUACACCGUUCUGAAAUACACAGUUAAACUUUUAUCCUAAAAUGUUGCAAGGUCUGGAGAUUGAACCAAAAUUUAGACACGUGUCAAAGAGCGCUCACACAUGAGAGUGACUGAAGUGGAAAGAUUUAGGGGCUGAGAAUGACAAAUCAGCCAGGCAGACAUGGCAACAAAGAAAUUCCCAUUUCUGUAUUGCAACGAUCAGUGACAACAAGUCCUGGGAAGAUUAGCGUAAUGUACAUAAUAUAUUUUGUAAAGACUCAUGACUGUACAGCGAACAGCAUGUCAUUGUUACAGAUGUAACAUGAUAUUGACAUCUCACAAGAUUAGGUUCACAAGAUUGGAGGAAGAUUCAUCUUAAACAAUAUUUUGGGAAAAACUCUUUUUUUUUGUUUCCCACAAAUAAAGUUUAUAAAAAUGAAUAACAGUGUUUGGAAAAAUCUUCUGUAUCUUUUUUGCAUUCUGGUUACUAUUUGUAUUUGUUAUUUUUCAGGAACCUAAAAUCUGCAAUGUUGACAGAUUAAUAACUGAAUCAAUGAA